GCUCGAAGGCCCUGGCAGUGUCCUCACAGCACUGGCAGUUGCGCUGAGGCACCGGGGUGCAGGUUCUGGCAACAGUGCGGGAGGUGGUUAUACACAGGGCACCAAGCCAGCGCCAUCCGCGAAGAAGGCUGGUCUGGGACCUGUGCAGCGUUCGGUCUUCAAGCAGUACCAGGCUGACAUGCACCGCAAAAUUGCUGAGGCAGAGCCGAUUGACGGUGCCACGGAAGACCAGCGAAUUCGCAGUCAUGAGGAGUUCCGCCGCACCGCGGAGAUCGAACGUAGAAAGGAGGCUGCCAGGUGGGCGCAGGAGGAAGCUGAGUGGGCAAGCCGCCGGCGUGCACAGCGCAAGUGA